GAGAAACUACUGUUAGCUCUUUCCGUGCCUAGCGCAACCAUGGCUUGUGGUCCAAAGAAGCAUUUGAAGCGUGUAGCAGCUCCAAAGCAUAGGAUGCUGGACAAACUGACUGGUGUGUUUGCUCCUCGUCCAUCCACUGGUCCCCAUAAGCUGAGAGAAUGUCUCCCUCUCAUCAUCUUCUUAAGUAACAGACUUAAGUAUGCCCUGACAGGAGAUGAAGUAAAGAAAAUCUGUAUGCAGCGGUUCAUAAAGAUUGAUGGCAAGGUCCGAACUGAUAUAACUUAUCUUGCUGGUUUUAUGGAUGUCAUCAGCAUUGACAAGACUGGAGAGAAACUACUGUUAAUAAUUUCAAGACGGGGGCUCUAAUUGCUCCACAUUUUUGGCAGUAAUAGUGCCUAGGCCAUGGGAGGACAGAUGAAACCCCAGGGAAUAACCCCUAAGUAGCUGGAAAUGCU